AUGGCGCCCCCUUUCAUGGUGUCCGCGCCGGGCAAGGUCAUCGUCUUCGGUGAACAUGCCGUCGUGCACGGCAAGGCUGCCAUGGCCGCCGCAAUCUCCCUCCGCUCCUACUUCCUCGUAACCACUCUGUCGAAAUCACAGCGCACCAUUACCUUGAACCUCCGGGACAUGGAUUUCAACCACACCUGGAACAUUGACGAUCUGCCCUGGGAUUUCUUCAAACAACCCUCCAAGAAGAAGUACUAUUACGACCUAGUAACUAGCCUCGACGAAGAAUUGUACGACUCUCUGAAACCAUGUGUUGAAGAUAUAUCGCCCAAGGCGCCCGAGGAGAUACGGAAGAAACACAAAGGGUCGGCGCUGGCGUUCCUGUACCUAUUUUGCUCCUUGGGCUCACCCCAGCACCCAGGAGCUAUAUAUACUUUGCGCUCGACCAUCCCCAUGGGUGCAGGUCUUGGAAGCAGCGCCAGUGUCUGCACUUGUUUCAGUGCUGCAUUGUUACUUCAGAUCCGUACUCUAGCAGGCCCACAUGAUGAUCAGCCCCCGGAUGAAGCGGAGUUACAGAUCGAGCGUAUCAACCGGUGGGCUUUUGUCGGAGAAUUAUGUAUACACGGAAACCCAAGUGGUGUGGACAACACGGUCUCUACUGGCGGCAAGGCCGUAAUUUUCAGGAGAGAGGACUACUCGAAGCCCCCGAAAGUUAUACCGCUACCUAAUUUCCCUGAAUUACCGCUCUUGCUUGUUGACACACGACAGAGCCGCUCGACGGCGGUCGAAGUUGCCAAAGUUGGGAAGCUCAAGAAGGAACACCCACUCGUCACCGAAUCGAUCCUUGAUGCCAUUGAUAAGGUGACUGUGUCCGCUCAGAGUGCGAUCCAGGGGGUGGAGGGUGAUAGUAUCGAUAAGGAGACUCUCGAACAUAUCGGAACGCUGGUUCGUGUCAACCACGGUUUCCUAGUUUCCCUGGGGGUAUCUCAUCCGCGACUGGAGCGAAUCCGGGAACUGGUCGACUUUGCCAAUAUUGGUUGGACAAAGUUGACUGGUGCGGGCGGCGGUGGUUGUGCGAUCACACUCCUGCGCCCAGAUGCCAGUGUGGACGCGCUCCGUGAGCUGGAGCGCAAACUCGCUGCAGAGAAUUUCUCCAAGUAUGAGACAACCUUGGGUGGAGACGGUAUUGGAGUCCUCUGGCCAGCGGUGCUGCACAACGGCACUGAUGAAGAGGGCGGCGAAGAGAUCGACCAGCAGAAGUUUGAAAAUGCCGACGGACCCGAAGGCAUCGAGCGCCUUGUUGGCGUCGGCGUUCAAGAACGUCGGGAAGGCUGGAAAUUCUGGAAACGAGCUGUCUGA